CCCCGAAAAAUAGCAUACCGUCGUUACAGUCUCAUGGAUCGAAUCCCGUAGAAGAUAACGUUCAGUUUUCACGUUUGGUCCCACCAUUUGGCGAUCAGAGGAAGCCACACGCAAUCUGUAAAUCUUCCCGCUCAGGAAUGUUAGGGCGGCGCAUUUUCCCUUCCUUUCUCGGGAAAAUCUUCACUCCACUGCUCGCUUACCCGACUAUGGUCACAUAAACCCAUCGUCCGCCUCCUGAGCGAUCUUACUUCACCAUGUUCUUGGACAACACGAUUCGGCGGCGAGUGCUGUCUCCUCUUCAGCCAUGGCUGCGAGAGCAACCGGAGCUCCACCUGAGAGUCGGGAUCAUACGCUCUCAGGCCGUCGCCAGAAACCUCCGUUUCGACGUCUCUGCUCUGAAUGAGCUCAUUGGUGAUUGCUCUUAUAACUUCGUCUUCAAGGAAGUCACAAUCGAAGAGCUGAGGUUUCGUUUCUCGGCUUGGUCGGCCAAUGCGUUCACGAUUGACGUUCGCGGCGUUCACGUGAUGUUAUCGGCUGGUGAGUUGGAAGAGAGACGUGGAAGUGGCGUGGAUGGGUUGAGGGACUCGGCUUUGGAUGACUUGGAGAAGACGCUUUCUGAAAUUGAUCCUGAGGGCGCUGCUUUGCAUGAUGCUCUCAAAAAAUUAUUUGGUGCCAUUACUUCGACAAGUAGGAUAAAAAUGUCAAUGUUAAACCUCAUAUUGGCGCACUGUCAGCUUGGCAUACAUGAUAUACAUCUUGAAGUGCAGUUUCCCAUCAUUAGUGACUCCAUAUCGUGCUUGUUGGUGAUGAAGAAAUUCACUGCAGUCUCUCAAAUUCAUGAGCAGGGAAGUUUUGUUCGCGGCCUUGUUGGUUCUAUCUUCAUACCUUUGAAAGAGGGCUCUUUUACCAUCAAUUGCAGUAACUUUGAGAUUCGGUUGAAGAGGAAUGAUCUUUUCAAUAAUGUUUUCACCUGUGAAGUUCUGUCUAUGUGUGCUGAUUUGAAUAGACUUCAUGUGGUUCAUCUCCAUCUUUGCAUUCCAGAGUUAACUCUCUCUUUUUCUCCAGUUGAUAUUUCCUUUUUAUUAGCGUUUAGUAAAGCAUUUGCUAGAAAGUUGAUGCAUCAUAGAGAUGGUAAGCAACUAUGGAAACUGGCUGCUAGCAGAAUCAAGAAAGGAAAUUUUGCUCCAAUAUUGUCUUUGCAUAGGUUAAUAAGUGUUCUCACUCUGUGGCUGCGUUGUACACGGAUCUAUGAGCAUCUAUUGUUGCUACUUGGAUAUCCUGAUACUGAUUUACUAAAGGAAUCAUUGCAAAAGAUGUCUAUGGACAUAAAGUAUAGGAGCAAUGUACAGCAGCUCUGGCUAGAGAUCUCAGACAUUGAGAAAGAGCUUCCGCCUUAUGCCAUAGCACAAGCCAGGAGAGUGGUUCGAUGUAGAAUGCCAAAAGAGAAAACAGGGCAGAAUGCUUUUGCAGAAUCCUUUUUCACCCGCUGCUUUCAGAAGAUACGCAUUGUUCUUGCUUUAAUUUGGAAUGUGGUUUGUAGAGCGCUUCAAAAGGCCAUGAUCCUUGUUUUACAAAGGAAAAUACCACGUCACGAAUCAAAGAGCACUGCAUCUUCUGAUACUUGUAUAAGGAAGUGCUUUAUAUUCAACAUCGACAAAGUUGUAAUUACUGUUUGGCAAAUAAAUCAAGUUCAUGCUUCUCUUUCUCAAAAUAUAGUAUCACAUACUGGGAUUCCCGACUCAAGUUUUCUCUCAUUCCAUCUAUUGGUUGCUGCACUCUCAUUGAAGUAUAUCGAAGACAUCUUUCAGCAGUCUUCCUUCAUAUACUGUGGAAAUGUGAGUGUAUCAGCAAUACCUGUGGCAGAUGUUCCUGCAUGGGGAGUGACUUCAAAUUAUGAUAAGCGCCGCCUAAAUGGGCGUCACGAUGGGAGCCCUACUAGUGAGAAAAUCAUUAUUUGGAGUGAGCCGGCACAAAUUAGUGCCUCUUCAGAAGCUACUGAAAGUAAGGUCGCUGGUCUAGCAUCUGGUGACAGGACUAAGUUUCUGCAGAGAUGUCUGCAAGAGAUGUGGUUGAGUUGGCAGACGAAUCAGGGGAAGUCUGAAGAAAGCGCCAUGGAACCUCAAGAAAAUCCUUUCCUUUUAUGUGAGGUCAGCAGCUUUUUGGCAUAUCCAGGACGCGAAAAUAUUAUUUCUGGAUUUUGGAAAUACAAUUUGGCAGUUGGAAAGUUGAAUUUAUAUUUGGAUCACUCAUCAAUAGUCUCGGUAGCUUUGCUUCUGAGGCAUACACAACUUGCUCUUUUCUGCAGAGAGAAUGGUAGGGAAACUGGACUUUCUUAUCAUCCAAGCAACUCUUUGAAUCAACCAAAUGGCAAUUGGGAUGGUGAAUAUAGAAAAUUUUCCAUUCACAUGAAGAAGGCAUUGCUAAAAAUGCUUCCUGAGCAGCAUAUUGAGGUUGGAGCAUUCAUUACUGGCCCCAAUGUUCACGUUUCAUUUAGAAAGGGCAACUCAAGCCUGGGUGAUGACUCGUUGAGGCACGCAUUGAGUCAGAACCAGUAUCACAUAGACUUUGAUAUUCAUGAUAUUGAAUUCGCUCUUUCUCCUAGUUUAGAAUCUGAUAAAUCACUCAGAUGCCAAGUACACGGCGCUGUUGAAUCAGAGUGUGCUUUGAUGAUGGAGUCCCAAAAUCUUCAUCUUCCAACAGUGGGAGAUGAGAGACAUGUUUCCCACGUGUAUCUUUCACAUCAUCUGUUUUUCAGAGCUAAUGGUUUAAAUGCCUAUGUAGAAGAAUCGAUAGAGAAGAAACGAAGCCACGCUUUUGUACUGAAUCCACUGACGUUUCAGCUAUCUUCUUCUGGGGAAUACUUUCAUUUAUUUAGCAGAUCUGUCACUACUGUCUCUGCGGCUUUGUGUGGGAUGGCUUCUGGAUUUGUGGCAUUAGUACACAUGGAUGAGUUGUAUGUUCUCUCUCAGGUAGUUGUAGAUUUAUUUUCUGCAAUUUCUUAUACUUUAUCCACUACUUCUGCUGGCUGUAUACCUCUUCAAGAGCUGCAACAAUUUAUGAAGCAAGAUCUGGGGGCAGAUGGACAUAAUUUUUAUGAGAAUAGUAUAAAAGAAUCCGCUUCUGCAAAUAAUUGUGUGUUAUACAUGCUUAGAAGCACCUUCCAGUUCAACUCCAUGGAUUUAUUCAUUCAGAAAUCAAGAAUAUGCUAUAGUAUGGAUAAUCUUACAACAGCUUUUGAUGCUAUGAAGCUGGAUGAACAUGCUACCUUUGAUUCUGGCUUAUGGAUUGUUACCAAGCAAAUAUUUUUGGAGUUAUCAUGUGAAGAAGGGAAAUUGGAAGUUCUUCUCAAUCUAUCAGGGGUGCAUUUUGUCAUUUUCAGGCAUGAUAGCCAAAUAGAAACCACUAUUGAUGUGUCUCAGUUAAGGGAUGUGAUCCUACAGUCUCUUAAUUGCUUAUAUGAAACACGCCUUUCGAACUUGCUGUUUACUUCAUCGUUGAGUUCUCCCUGUCAAGACAUAGUGAGCGACGAACUUCUUUCCAUCUAUGGAGACAGCUGGUCAACGAUAUUGAGGAAUUUAUCAUUGAUGGUCGAGUCGAGAAGAUCAAGUCUGCGGUCAUUUAGUCUCAUUGACAAGUUGAAUUCUCCGUUGCAUUCCAUUGCUCCUGAACCAGGUCACUGGUUACUCAUAAAUAUUCAAGUUAGUCAAAUUUGGAUGGGAAAAUCCUCAAUGAAGUGUUUCUUUCUUGGGGCACACCAGAUGAAUGACCUACUCUUUUCAUUGUCUUUUGGGGGAAAUUUUCAGAGAAUUUCUUGUAAAAUACAGGGUGGUCUUCUGGUGAUUGAAACGGCAGCUUUGACUGUGUUCUUUGGUUAUUAUGCUUCCCUUCUACAUCAUGUGGAAGAUAUAUUGCUUGGUGUACAAUCACAUGAUAAGAACAUUGGAAAAAGUGAGCCUGGUGGAGACAUUAGAACUUUUAAUGACAAAAACAUCAUGGAUAGUGAUGAAGUUGUGCUCCAUUCAUCAUCCCGAACAAGAUUGGCACUCCUGGAACUUGAAGUCUUUUGCUUUGACAUAUCUCAGUUAUCCUUAGUUCUUGCGGCUGAAGAUAAAUCUGGUGCUAUUCGGGAACUCGUGAUUGAGGUUGAUAUAGGUUUGAACCUGGUAACAGAAACUAGGAGAAAAGAACUUGUUUUUGACUUCUCUCGUCUGUCAGUCCUUUCUCAAGUUCAUAAUCAAAACGUCGAUGGUGAGAAUCAUGUCCCUCAUUUUCCUUGUCUCUCAAGACAAAUGUCAUCCGGAAAUCCUACCAUGAGAUACGGAGGUGAAGAUGGUAUUGCUUCAGUUGAAAUUGAUACCUUGUCAGAAGACUUUCCAUCUUCAAGGCAUUCUGUUGCACAUAUCUCCUCAAUGAGGGUCUUCCGUUCAAGAGAUAAGAAGUUCAUUUUGAAGCAUUUUGGUGCUUUGAUACAUGUGGAGAAGGCCUACUGUGGUCCUGGGGACUUAGAUUACGCUUUGGUUGGUCGUGGUUCGAUUUCAGGAUUUGACAUGAACAUUUCCUUGUCUGAGAUACAGAUUUUCUUGUCAGCUGUUGGGGCCUUGCCUGGAGCAGCAACCAAGGGGACCACUGCUGGGUUACAACCGAGGCAUUGGUCCAACAACCAGAGACUGAAUAAAACUUUCGAGAAAAUUGUACCAGAUGGAGCAAUCGUCGCUAUUCAAGAUAUCGAUGAACACAUGUAUUUCACUGUUGAAGGUGAAAGAACUGAGUGCAAAUUAGUUGGUUCUAUUCAUUAUUCUCUUGUCGGAGAACAGGCUCUUUUCAGGGUCAACUACCACAGUCAAAGGAGGUGGAGGUCCUCUAUAUUGUGGUUCUCUUUAACAUCCCUGCAUGCGAAGGAUGAGUCUGGGAACCCAGUCCAAUUAGCAUAUCGUCAAGGUUCUGGUUUUGUUGAAGUCUCCAGCAGUAGUAAUGGUAGCUGGGCACUCUGGAGAGCAGAUCCCUGUAAAACUGACAAUUCUGAGAGUGAUAUUGAGAAGGAUGCUUACAAUCAGUUGGUCAAACAUACCUUUUACCUGGUAAACAAAAAAAAUGACAGUGCCAUUGCUUUUGUCAAUGGGGUUCCCGAGUUUGUGGGAAAACCUGGAAAUCGAUUCAAGUUUAAAGUGCUUCAACAUACUGCUUCAAGUGAUGAUCGUGCAAUGUUGGAUAUGGGGGGCUCUAUGGAUGUCUUGGGGAGGGAUCUGCAUGACAAUGAACACGUGCCUGAAGAGAGGAAGUCUAGAGUACUUCUUCCUAGGAUUGAUGUUAAAGUUGACAAGGUUUCUGUGACAAUUGUCCAUGAACUUUUGGGUACAGUGGAUACUAUUCCUCUCCUUCAAGGUCACAUUGUUGAUGCCCAGUUCACUGUGCAAAGUCUGCCUGUUAAAGUCAGAAUUAUGUGCACAUUUAGAGUUUUGCUAGAUUAUUUUGAUGCGCAGAAGAAUGCAUGGAGAGAGUUUAUGCACCCUGUUGAAGUAGGUGUAUACUACCGUUCCAGAUUACAGAUUCAUGGAUCAGAUAUUCUGAAGCAUGGACUUCCCAUCUCAUUUUUCUGCAAGAUAAAAGAGUUGAAUUUGUCUCUAACUGAGCUUUCGUUGGAUGUACUUCUCUUCGUGGUUGGAGAAUUGAAUAUAGGCGGCCCAUACACAGUUAGAACUGCCUUGGUUCUAUCCAACCUCUGCAAGGUGGAAAACCAGACAGGUGCUAAUGUUCUUUGUCAGUUCUAUGGCAACCAUACUUUAAAGUUAUCUGGGAAGCAGUCUGCUUCUGUAUACUUGAGAUGCCUUGGUGAUCAAGAUCCAGAAUGUGCAGCUGUUGUUUCAGUCCAACUUGCUUUAGGUUCAAAUACAACUUCUUCCAUACAUGUUUCAUACUUAGAAACUCAAGCAAUUGCAUGGAGGACACGGAUUGUGUCACCACAAGAUUCCAGGACUUAUCCAGGACCAUAUAUCAUAGUUGACGUUGUCCGGAAAUUUGAGGAUGGCUUAUCAAUUGUGGUUUCUCCUUUAACAAGAAUACAAAAUGAAACUGACUUCUCUGUGGAGCUUCAAUUUCAACGGCCUGAACAGGAGAGAGAUGGAUCUGCAUUGGUUUUGCUGAAGAAGGGGGAGACGAUGGAUGAUUCCACUGCCAUGUUUGAUGCAAUAAAGAUGUCUGGGGGAUCUAAAAAAGUGAUAACAUCAUUGAGUUUAGGGAACUUCUUAUUUUCUUUCAGACCAAAAAUUGAAGGUCUUUUGAAUCCUGAAGGGUCGCCAUCAGUGGCAUGGUCAGAUAAUAUUGAGGGUGGCAAGGCUAAACAUCUCUCUGGAGUUUUUGAUAAAUUGAGUUUUAGAGUGCGUAGGGCCUUCUCCAGCGGUUCAAUAAAGUAUUCAUUUAGCACAGCAUGUUGUAGAGUCAAAUUGAAUGGCUCAAAUAUCACGAAGCUACAUUUUCUGAUUCAAAGCUAUAGAAGAAGUGUGCCUGUUCAGCAGCCGGAUCAGUUAAAAGACAAGACCUCUGGAAGUUCACAUCUUACUUUGCAAGUGCAAAGAGACAUUGUUCUUCUUCCAACUGUCCAAGUUUCUAACUUAUUGCAGUCAGAUAUAGAUGUGUUUUUGACCAAUACAGAUCCAGGUGAAUACGUUGGCCGCCACAUUGGGAAUCAGGCAAUCUUAACAUGUGGUUCCACAGUCAACUUUUAUGCUGAUCCUUCCGAAAUAUAUUUCAACAUAACUCUGACUGCAUUUGGUUCGUGUUGCAAACCACUGAAAAGCAGCGACUGGGUGAAGAAAUUACUUAAGCAAAAAAAACACAGCAGAUUCUUGGACAUUGAUUUGGAUUUUGAUGGUGGAAAGUACUUUGCAUCUUUGCGAUUGUCUCGCGGACACAGGGGAAUCUUAGAGGCUGUUAUUUUCACACCAUAUUCCCUGAAGAAUGAGACGGACUUUUACCUUUACAUUUAUGGACUAAAACAGAAACCUCUAUAUAGGGAAGAAGCAAGGAAGGUUGGUUUCAAAAUUUCUCCUGACAGCGGACUAAUUUUGCCUCCAAAGUCAAGCGCAUCGUGGUAUUCCAAGUCUAACAAGGUUAGGGUAACUUUGUUGGAACUUGAUUCACAUGAGGCACUGCUGGAUUUAGAUGCUCUAUCAGGCCUUUCAGAAGUGAGAGUGGAAAUCGAGGAAGGGAAUAAGGUUAAAUAUUUCGCAAAGUUUGGGGUGCUUGUGCAGCCAACUUUGGGUAAAGUGGAUGUUCCUGCACAAUUGAUAACAAUUGUCCCGCGGUUUGUAGUAGUGAAUGAUUCUCAGGAAAACAUCAUUGUGCGCCAAUGCUACUUGGAGGAUGACAUGGCAGGCAUGAUUACUGUUAAGAGCAAGGAAAGAACAAUGUUGCAGCUGCGUAGUGGAAUCAGUGAAAGGAGUGAAUUCACUUUGUUCGAAAACUUCAUUAGAAAGCACCGAAAUACCAAUGAUGAUUCUAUGACAUAUGUCCAGUUCCAUUUAAAUGACCCUGAAUUUGGGUGGUCCGGACCUAUUUGUGUAGCUUCUCUUGGAUGCUUUUUUCUAAAGUUUAGAAGACAAGCAAAUCAAGUGCCUGCAACAAACAACACUCCACAGUACGCUAAUGUUCAUGUGAUAGAAGAAAGUUCUUCCCUCAUUUUGCAGUUUUAUAGACCUCCAAAUGUGGAACUUCCUUACAGGAUUGAAAAUCAUUUGCGUGAUUCUUUGCUCACUUACUAUCAGAAGGAAACCUCAGACCCUGAGGUUCUUCAACCUGAACACAGCAUUGAUUAUGUCUGGGAUGAUUUGACUCUUCCACGUAGACUCCUUGUGCAGAUAACUGGUAUGCAUCUAAUACGUGAAAUUAACUUGGAUAAAGUUCGGGAGUGGAAGCCUUUCAUUAAGGUCCAGAAGCAUGAAAGGCUAUCAUCUCGUUUACAUCGAGACAAGAAAUUACGAGAUGAUAAAAGUAAGUAUGGUGGAUACAAGGACAUGGUUGAGAUUGGAUAUGAAGUAUAUGCAGAUGGUUCUACCAGAGUCCUACGUUUUUGUGAGGCAUCAAACAGUCAGAAGGGAUAUUUGCGAUUCUAUUCACGUGAGAAGAUUCGAUUGAGAGUUCCUUGUUUCACGAUCCAUGUGCUUGAAACUAAGGAUGGAGAUGAGAGUGGAACAUCUGUUUUUACACCUGUUCUUAAUUCAAGACUUGUGAAUAUUAGCAUGGAUGCUGUGUUUACUGAUCUUCAUAGGUAUAUCCAGACAACUGUACAGUCCGUAGAUAUGGAACCAAAGUGGUCAGGAACACCCUUUGCAGCAAUUCUUAGGAGACAUCACUCAGAGUAUGACGACACAGCUGACUGCAUGCUAAAAGUCGCCCUUGUCCUAAGCUCCUCCACUUCAAACGUUAAACAAGUCAAAUAUUCAUCCAUUGUGCUGCAGCCAAUUGAUUUGAACAUUGAUGAGGAGACACUAAUGAGAAUUGCCCCUUUUUGGAGAUCAUCUCUUAAUGAAUCAAAAAGUGCUUCUCAACAGUACUACUUUGAUAAUUUUGAAAUCCACCCAAUAAAGAUUACUGCCAACUUUCUUCCUGGAGAUUCAUAUUCAAGUUAUGGUUCCAGUCAGGAGACUUUAAGAUCUCUUAUACACAGUGUGAUAAAGGUUCCUCCCAUGAAAAAUGUGGUUGUGGAGCUUAAUGGUGUCUUGGUUACUCAUGCCUUAAUUACCAUACGUGAGUUGUGCAUUAGAUGUGCACAGCAUUAUUCAUGGUAUGCCAUGAGGGCUAUCUACAUAGCAAAAGGAAGCCAACUACUUCCACCAGGUUUUGCAUCAAUUUUUGAUGAUUUGGCUUCAUCAUCCCUUGACGUCUUCUUUGAUCCAUCCCACGGUUUGAUGAAGCUUCCAGGCUUCACUUCAGAUACCUUCAAAUUGAUUAGUAAAAGCAUCGGUGGGAAAGGAUUCUCAGGGACAAGACGCUACUUUGGCGACUUAGGAAAGACUCUGAGAACAGCAGGAUCAAAUGUGCUAUUUGCUGCAGUCACUGAAAUAUCAGAUUCUGUUCUUAGGGGAGCAGAAACAAGUGGAUUUGAUGGAAUGAUUAAGGGUUUUCACCAAGGAAUACUGAAUCUGGCUAUGGAGCCAUCAGUUUUGGGUAGUGCUUUAUUGGAAGGUGGCCCAGAUAGAACGAUAAAGCUUGAGCAAAGUCCCGGAGUGGAUGAGUUAUAUAUAGAGGGGUACCUGCAAGCUAUGUUGGAUACUAUCUACAAACAGGAAUAUCUAAGAGUGAGAGUUAUCGACAAUCAGGUUGUCCUAAAGAACCUGCCUCCUAGCAGCUCACUUAUAGAGGAGAUCAUGGACCGAGUGAGAGGGUUCCUUGUAAGCAAAGCCCUGUUAAAAGGAGAUCCUUCCACUACUUCUCGCCCUUUACGCCAUCUCCGAGGAGAAAGUCAAUGGAAAAUUGGACCAACAGUAAUGACAUUGUGCGAGCACCUCUUUGUGAGCUUUGCAAUCCGCGUGCUGAAAAACCAAGCCAGGAGACAUACAGCCAACAUCAAGCUCAAAAUGUUGAAACAACCUGAUCACGAAGGCAAUCUUCCCGCCAAAGACGCCGAAGAACAGCCGAAGGUGCGGUUCACUUGGAGAUGGGGCAUAGGCAAUUUUGUGGUGUCAGGAAUCCUAGCCUAUGUUGAUGGUCGGCUUUGCCGGUGUAUUCCAAAUCCCAUAGCUCGUAGGAUUGUGAGUGGCUUUUUAUUGAGUUUCCUCGACAAAGAUGAUACCAGAUGAAAUGCAAAGUUGCGUAUGAUGUAUGCAUGCUCAGUAGCAUUUUCUUUGCAGAUGAUCUGGGCAUACGUAGCCUUAAAAGAAAAUUGUAGUAGCUUGCCUCAGACUAUCCCAUUGACUGAAUUAUAUGCGAC